AUGAGACUGCUUGCCACUGGCCGGAUUCUGCGGCUGGCCUCUAACCAGGGGCAUGCCACAGCAAAAUCCUCAAGAUAUUAUCGCCCUGCGCGGAGCCAAUUGACUCCCCUCGUCAACUCAAGAUCCAACAGCUCGACAUCAACAGGGGCAGAAGCAGCGGCUGCAGACUCAGCCCCAGUGGGAGCUCUAGGGCAAUCGAAAUCCCGGCCUGAUCGCCAGGUAUCAACAGCCAGGCCGGCCCAGGAGGGCAUCAAAGACGGAGACAAAAUUCACCAUGUCGACGAAUGGACCAAUACACCGGGCAAUAUUCUGUCCCAUAUCGGACGUCGCCUCUAUCUAGAUGAAAACCACCCUCUUUCUAUUACGCGCCAGCUCAUAGAGAGCCAAUUCACGGGGCCAGAGUUUGGGAACUAUGCUGAACCUAACCCCAUCGUCUCGACGGCGCAGAACUUUGAUAUCCUCGGGUUCCCUGCGAAUCAUCCUGGGCGAAGUAGGACGGAUACAUACUAUGUAAACAAAACUACUGUUUUGAGGACGCAUACGAGUGCUCACCAGCACAGUUAUUUCCAGCGCCUGGGCUUGAAUGAGAAAGCAUGCCCGGACGAGGAGGGAUAUACGGUCAUUGCAGAUGUUUACAGACGAGAUGCUAUUGACCGCAGCCAUUACCCAGUCUUCCACCAAAUGGAGUGCGCAAGAUUAUGGAAGCGUCCUCGAGAAGACCCCUUGAAAUACUCGCCGCAAACCGCAGAUACCAUAAUGAAUGACGCCAAUAAGAUCCCCGCUCACAAUGUUAAAGUCGAAGAUCCGAACCCAACCAUACACCCCCAAAGAAACCCGUUGCAAGCAGAACAUCUCAGUGUCCAAGAGACGGAAGCGAUCGCGGCCCAUCUCAAACGCUCUCUGGAGCGACUUGUCAUUAAAAUCUUCACCGCAGCGCGUGAAGGAACUCCAGAAUCCGCCCACACGGAUCAGGAACCCCUCAAAGUCCGCUGGGUCGAAGCCUACUUCCCAUUCACCAGCCCAUCUUGGGAACUCGAGGUAUUCUGGCAAGGCGACUGGCUUGAGGUCCUCGGUUGCGGUGUCGUCAAGCAAGAACUCCUCAUCUCCGCUGGCGUCCCACACCGCGUCGGCUGGGCCUUCGGCCUCGGGCUCGAGCGCAUCGCUAUGCUCCUCUUCAAUAUCCCGGACAUCCGCCUCUUCUGGUCCCGGGAUCCGCGCUUCCUCUCCCAAUUCCAAGCAGGUAAAAUCUCCCGCUUCGUCCCCUUCUCCAAACACCCUGCAUGCUACAAGGACGUUGCAUUUUGGUUACCACCUUCAGCUGCUGCUGCUGCGGGCGGUCGCAUGCCAUUCCAUGAAAACGAUAUAAUGGAAAUUGUGCGUGAUAUUGCCGGAGAUUUAGUAGAGGAUGUGCAGCUUGUCGAUGAAUUUUCACAUCCGAAGACAGGACGGAAGAGUUUAUGCUAUCGGGUUAACUACCGGAGUUUGGAGAGGACCCUGACGAACGAGGAGACGAAUAAGUUGCAUGAAAUGGUGAGGAGGAAGGUCACAAAUAAAGGAAGGCUAAAAGCUGAAGAAGAAAAUGAAAUCCACCAUAUCGCAUCGUACUACCGGUCCCAAGCCUGGCAGUGA